UUACCUCAGUACCGUCAACUGUCUCCCGCAUCAGACAACGAGCCGUUCUCCCACCUUAUCUGCCGGCUUCGUCGCCGUAGGUUUCUCAACAUGGUUCUUCAAGAUCUCGGGCGCCGCAUCAAUGCGGCCGUCAGCGACCUGACGAGGGCUCCCAAUCUCGAUGAGAAGGCCUUCGACUCGAUGCUCAAGCAAAUAUGCUCUGCCCUCCUCGAAGCCGAUGUCAACGUGCGCCUAGUCGGACAGCUGCGCAAGUCGAUCCGCUCCACCGUCAACUUUAAGGAGCUCCCGCCAGCCGUCAACAAGAAGCGCCUCAUCCAAAAAGCUGUCUUUGACGAACUCGUCCGCCUCGUCGAUCCCCAUGCCGAGCCCUUCAAGCCCAAGAAGGGCAAGUCUAACGUCAUCAUGUUCGUCGGUCUGCAGGGCGCCGGCAAGACGACGACGUGCACCAAGCUUGCCAGGCACUACCAAUCGCGCGGCUUCCGCGCCUGCCUGGUGUGCGCCGACACCUUCCGUGCCGGCGCCUUCGACCAGCUGAAGCAGAACGCGACCAAGGCCAAGAUUCCAUACUACGGCAGCCUGACAGAAACAGACCCGGCCGUGGUGGCCCGGGACGGUGUCGAGAAGUUCAAAAAGGAGCGGUUCGAGGUCAUUAUUGUCGAUACAUCAGGUCGCCACAGGCAGGAGAGUGCCUUGUUCCAGGAAAUGAUGGACAUCCAAGCGGCCAUUAAGCCGGACGAGACCAUCAUGGUCCUGGACGCGUCGAUCGGGCAGCAGGCGGAAGCGCAGGCCAAGGCCUUCAAGGAGGCUGCCGACUUUGGCGCCAUCAUCAUCACCAAGACGGACGGCCACGCCGCCGGCGGUGGCGCCAUCUCGGCCGUCGCAGCAACCCACACACCCAUCGUCUUCAUCGGCACCGGCGAGCACAUGCUGGAUUUGGAGCGGUUCGUACCGCGGAACUUCAUCAGCAAACUCCUCGGCAUGGGCGACAUGGCCGGGCUGGUGGAGCACGUGCAGAGCCUGAAGCUGGACCAAAAGGAAACCAUCAAGCACAUCAGCGAGGGCAUUUUUACCGUUCGCGACCUGCGCGACCAGCUCCAAAACAUCAUGAAGAUGGGCCCGCUCUCCAAAAUGGCGGGCAUGAUCCCCGGAAUGAGUAACAUGAUGCAAGGUAUGGACGACGAGGAGGGAUCCCUCAAGCUCAAGCGCAUGAUCUACAUUUGCGACAGCAUGACCGACAAGGAGCUCGACAGCGACGGCAAGCUGUUUAUCGAGCAGCCGUCGCGCAUGACGCGCGUGGCCAGGGGGUCGGGCACGACGGUCCGCGAGGUCGAGGACCUGCUCACACAGCAGCGCAUGAUGGCCGGAAUGGCCAAGAAGAUGGGCGGCAACAUGAAGAACAUGCAGCGCGCCCAGAGCGCCAUGGGAGGCGGCAACAAGGCCCAGCAGCUCGCGGCCAUGCAGAAGCGGUUGCAGAGCAUCGGUGGCGGGAUGGGCGGGCCUGGCGGCGGCAUGCCUGACAUGGCUAGCCUGAUGAAGAUGUUUGGCGGUGGCGGUGGGAUGGGUGGGCUCGCGGGGAUGGAUAUGAACGCCAUGAUGAAGCAGAUGAGCGGCAUGAUGGGGGGGCAGGGCGGGCGCGGAGGGCGAAGAUAACGCUGGUGUUAGGUGGUUCUUGCAUCAUUUUAUGUUCACUGGCAUGUCGAGAGCAGGGAGGGUUUGCAUAGUCUGGCGUCAAGGGUACGGCUGGCCUGCUGCAUGAUUAUACCAACGAAUUCUCUACUGGGAUUGUUUCUCUGCCUGACGUAUUGGUAUGGAGAGAGAUAGCCAGCGUCGAAUCGUCACUAUCGCUGCAGCCGAAAGGGGUGCGCUUCCGUGUUCAGGACGUACUCGUCCAGGCUGAUUAGGUCGGGCGGCGAGAAGACGAGGUAGAAAUACUUGAGCGUCUCGGCGAUCCAAA